AUGCAAAAUCACAGCUUGAUAAUCUAAAACAACAGUCUCAAUACAAGCAAUUAAAUAAACAUCAGUGCAUAAAACAUCUCAGGCAAUAACCUAGAUCCCAACACCAGUGGCACAAGUGGUGGAAUAACCUUAACCUAAAAUUAGCAAAUGAUGCCUUUGAGGAAAAGUAUGAAUGGCUAUAACUAGAACAGGUAAGAUAAGAGGAAGUCGUCAAUGGAGCUGCAGAUGGAAAUCGAGCAGUUCAAAAAGCAGAAGAAUGGCGAUGAGUAAAAGACCUCAAACAUCAAGGUGCAGAUGGAUAGACUCAAGAGACUCUAUGAAAAGUAUAGGAAGAUGGUGCUUACUCACGGCUAAGAGCAUCCUAUUAAUCUAGAUGGCAAGAGACUGAUCUAGCUUGCUAGUCAGAAUUUUACAACUGAACAGCUGAUAGAAGAGGUAUAAAUAAUAGAAGCUGAGUUAAAGAGACAUAUAAAGCUAAUGGAAGAUAGAAGCAAAUACUCUAUGCGUGACCCUGGAAGUCAAGCUUCAAGAAUGCUGAAUAGUUCUAAGAUAAAUGCUAGAGAUGGAUAGAACUAAUGUGUUUGUGGAAUAAAUGCAGGUAUCCUUUGUUGGCAGCACAAUGAUCCAAAUAAUCCAGCUAAUUAGGAUACAAUUAGAUUUGCCAAUAACAUCCAAGGCACUGAAAUUUCAGGAGUGGCAAAGUCAAGCUUAAGAAUUCGUUUGAAUCAACUUUAAAGAGUAGAAAAGCAACUGGAAGCAGAACUGUUUGAAAUGGAUGUUAAAAUACAAAAAGUAAAGGCAAAGCAGAGUGAUGAAGCCCGUGAAAAGCUUAGAUAAGAUAUUGAUGACACAAUGAAGGUGCUGAGUAAGCUGAAAAAGUAAGCAGGAGAGGGUAUCUUCGACAAAGAGAUUCACUAGUUAACUGAAGAAGUUCACAUAAUGAAGAAGACCUUGUAAAAUCAGGAGCUGAAAUUGAUUGAUAUGAACUAAUAAUAUGUAGAUGAUUAAGAUGAUAACUAGUAAGUUAAGUAGCUGCAGCUAUAGUAGCAAUAGCUCUAAGAUUUUGAAGACUAAAUGGAUGAGGACAUGCCAGAGACAGACUUGAAGUACACAGAUACUUAGAAUUAGAAGAUGACAAUUUAAGGAGAGGACAAAGAAGCUGAUGAAGAAGUGAAGCAUAUUCAAGAACUGUAAGCGCAGUCUAUCUAAGUUAGUUAUAAGAAUAGCAAAAAAAUAAACAUAAAAGAACUAGAUAUCAAUCAGGACAAAAAGGACUCUGAGGCAAGCAAUGCCAAACAUGAAUUUUAUGAUGAGUAAAAUAUCACCUAGAAUAAUGCUAGCGUUAAUGCUUCAUAACUGAUGACUUAUGAGAAGUAAAAUGAGACGCAGCCAAAUAACUCUAGAGCAGGGAAGAACUCCUCGCAUAUGAACACCUCAAACUUACUGAACGAGCAAGACUUAGAGAUAUAGGAGCUUCAUAGAAAGAUUAAAGACCUAGAAGAGGAGCUAAACAUGCCUAAGAAAGUCUUUGAAGAGAAACUUUCUGUAAAGCUGCGGGAAGAAGUUGAUAUGAACAAGAGACGCAUCGAUGAAGAGUAUAAGAGAAAGCUACUAGAGGAAAAAAGAAAGAUCACAUAAUCAGCGGUAAGUUUAAUUAUUUUUGAAUUAAUAUAUUUCUAGGUAAAGGACAAAUAGGAUUUAUAUGACGAGAAUAGAGAGUUAUAGUUAAAGAUAGAAACUAUAAAGGCUAUGCUGAGAGGAAACUGA